GAUAAUGAAUAAUAGUGAUAAUAUCAAUGCGCAUGCUUUACUGUCCAUUGUGCACGGGUGCAAUGAUUUGAAAGAUCUAGAACUGGAUGAUUAUGAUCUUUCACCAUUUCUAGAGAAGAGCUUACAUUCCUGUAUGUGCAAUGUCACUUAUAUUCGACUGUUUGGAUGUACUCUUUCGGAUACCCAGGUUACCAACCUACUGUGUGAAGCUCCGCAAUUAACAAAAAUUACCCUUUGGGCUGUCAAGUGUGUGGCUGAUGGCCACUGCGGAUGUUAUGACAAAGAGUUCCAUGGUAAAAAACAAAUAGCGGGGAACGACCUUAAAACACUUGAGGUAAACGAAAGAUAUUACCAACAUAGGCAAGUGAGUGUGACAACAUGUCAUAUUUAUGAUUCCUCUCAAGUUUUUGUCCAUGUUUUGCAAUCGGACAGCCUCACAACUCUUUUAAUUGAUGAAUAUGAGUUUUCGGACGACCCGGGCUUGGAAAUGUUCAUACCGAGAUGCAACAAACUACUAAACCUUGAAUUAGACAACAUUAUCCUGGAUGCUCGUAACAUCAUUACAAUAAUUAAAAACUCAAAGCCUGGAGCUGAAUUGCAAAUAAAACUUAACAAGAUGGUGAUUGGAGAAAAUGCCAGCCACUUAAGAGAUAUGCUUUACGAUUUGCCAUGUGUUGACGUUGCAUCUUUUUCUGCCAAUGAUAACGAGAUUAUAAAAGCCUCCAUCAUCGUUACAACACCAAGAGAGGAAAGUGGUGACGAAAUUAUCAAUGAUGACCAGUCCUCAUAUGAUGAAGCAAGACCGCUUCUUGAUCAACAAAUUGAGAACGUUAGUGAUUCAAGUGAAGUGUAUUUCGAAGUGAUGUCGAUGUCGGAAGCCAAAAAGAAGAACCUUUCGUGCUGUAAAUGUAAUAUUCAAUGAACUUGAUGUAAGAUAAAGUUGAGGUUCUGAAUUCUCUAUUCGUACAGCCCAUGAUUAUAUUUUACAUUAAACAUUUAAAAAUAAAACGUUUGAGAAUGAUAAAUAGUAUCGGGGUUUUUAAACAGCUUGAGUCAUUGUUUGUUAUAUAACAAAGAAACUCGCAAACAGUAUCGUCAAACUAAUUUGUCAAAAUGUUUCACGAAU